AUGACCAGCGGCGUCCAUGGGCUCAGUCGAGACGUCGACCGUCUUCGCAUCGCCAUGACCGCCAACGACGAGGUCGCCGCUGCCGCAGCACAAGCAGACGCAGCCAAUUUACAGUUACAGGCACGCUACAGGAUGAACCGUAAGGCGUCCAGCCCCAUGAUGCCGGCCUUUAUGGUUUCGGCCCCGGGCAAGGUCAUUGUCUUCGGCGAACAUGCCGUCGUGCACGGCAAGGCUGCCGUCGCUGCGGCUAUAUCGCUCCGCUCCUACCUCCUCGUGACCACCCUCUCCAAGUCGAAGCGCACCGUGACGCUCCGUUUCCCUGACAUCGACAUGUCCCACUCCUGGAACAUCGACGAGCUGCCAUGGGAAAUCUUCUCCAAGCCCGGCAAGAAGAAGUUCUACUACGACCUGGUCACCAGUCUGGACAGUGACCUACUCGACGCCAUCCAGCCGCACCUCGCCAAUGUGUCGCUGUCCAAGUCCGAACACGAACGCAAGGUCCACCAGGCCUCUGCUCUUUCCUUCCUCUACCUCUUCCUGUCACUAGGCUCUCAAAAAUUCCCUGGCUGCGUUUACACGCUGCGGUCAACCAUUCCCAUUGGCGCCGGCCUCGGCAGCAGCGGCUCGAUUGCCGUCUGCAUGGCUACCGCUCUCUUACUACAGCUGCGGACACUUUCUGGCCCACACCCGGACCAGCCAGCGGAUGAGGCCAGGCUACAGAUCGAGCGCAUCAACCGCUGGGCCUUUGUUGCGGAGAUGUGCAUUCACGGCAAUCCCUCGGGUGUCGACAACACUGUCUCGACCCAGGGCAAGGCUGUCGUGUUUCAGCGCGCCGACUACAACAAGCCCCCGUCAGUCAAAUCGCUGUGGAGCUUCCCUGAGCUGCCCCUGCUGCUUGUGGACACAAAGCAGGCCAAGUCCACUAAAUUCGAGGUUGCCAAGGUAGCUCGGUUGAAGCGGCAACAGCCCGUUGUCGUCGGCAACAUCCUCAACGCCAUAGAUGCCGUUUCGCGGAGCGCCAUUGCCGCGAUCGAGGGCAAGGAUGCCGAUGCGGACGCGGACACUGGUGACAGCGACAGCGACGCCGAUCAGAACGGCGCCCUGGCCGUGAAGAGCGUGGCACAAGCCAAGGAUGACGAAGACGAGGAGGAGCCGGACCAGUUGAGCAAGAUUGGCCAGCUGAUGGCCGUAAACCAUGGUCUGUUGUGCGCCCUGAACGUGUCACACCCACGGCUCGAGCGUGUCCGCGAGCUCGUCGACCACGAGGGCAUCGGCUGGACGAAGCUGACCGGCGCCGGCGGUGGAGGGUGCUCCAUCACGCUGAUCAAACCCGGCACGCCCAAGGCCCGCGUCCUCAAGCUCGAGCAGCAGCUGGCCAAAGAGGGCUACCAGCAGUUUGUGACGACACUGGGUGGCGACGGUGUCGGCGUACUGUGGCCUGCUAUUCUGCGCAACGGCAUGGACGAGGACGAAGAAGGUGGCAUGGAGAUUGACGUUGAAAAGUUUCUCAACGCCGAGGGUAACGACGGCGUGGAGCGCUUGGUCGGCGUCGAGGGCGGCGGCGGUGAGCGCGAGGGCUGGAAAUUCUGGCGCAUGUAG